AUGAAAAGUUGGACUGGAAAUAACUCGCCUGCUGGGAGUCGUUCCCCAACAUCAGCUAAUAGCCCAUCAUCUGGAAGCAGUAAUUCACCACCUCAGCAACCUAUCAUAUUCGUACCUGCACAACAGCAAUCAUCAUCUCCACAGCCCAGUUCCCCUCAACAGCUUCGCUCUCCCAAUUCCUCACAUAAACCUGGUGGUGAGAGAGACAUGCCAAGAGCUGGACCUAUCAAUCGCCUGAAAAAUGCAACCAGAGAUCAGAUACCUGUUAGCAAAUCACCCAGACGUCAGAAAUCAUCUCGAUUCUAUGCAAAAGAAAAGAUUCAGUUGGAAAGAACGCCAGGAUUUCAUGAAAUACCGCCUCAUUUGAGAGGUGAUUUACUCAUACAAAAGUUGCGCCAAUGUAUGGUGAUUUGUGAUUUCUCAGAUCCUUCCUCCGAGCUAAACGAAAAAGAGAUUAAGCGUCAGACAUUACAAGAACUGUUGGAAUACGUUGGUAAUAAUCUGGGUGUCUUGACAUCAGAGGCACCUUAUCCGGAAAUUGUCAAACUAUUUGCCAUCAAUCUGUUUCGAACAAUUCCACCUCAAGUCAAUCCAACAGGUGAUGCUUACGAUCCAGAGGAAGACGAGCCAGUGCUAGAACUAGCUUGGCCACAUUUACAAAUUGUAUACGAGUUCUUUUUACGAUUCCUCGAGUCGCCCGAUUUCAACAUCAAUUUCGCCAAACGCUACAUUGAUCAAAAAUUUAUCUUGCAAUUGCUCGAACUAUUUGACAGCGAAGAUCCUAGAGAAAGAGAUUUUCUCAAAACAACAUUGCAUCGUAUCUAUGGCAAAUUUCUCAACUUGCGUGCUUUUAUCCGCAGAUCAAUCAACAACAUUUUCUUCCAAUUUAUUUAUGAAACAGAACGACACAACGGCAUCGCUGAAUUACUCGAGAUCCUGGGCAGUAUUAUCAACGGAUUUGCCUUGCCACUAAAAGAAGAGCACAAGCAAUUUCUUCGACGUGUGCUAAUCCCAUUGCACAAGGUGAAGUCGCUGGCCGUAUACCAUCCUCAGUUGGCCUAUUGUGUGGUUCAAUUUCUGGAGAAGAAUAAUGCAUUGGCACAGGAAGUAGUGAGCGGUCUAUUAAGGUAUUGGCCCAAGGUGAACAGCCCCAAAGAAGUGAUGUUCCUAAACGAGCUAGAGGAGGUCAUGGAUGUCACCGAGAAUUCCGAUUUUCAGCAAUUCAUGGUGCCUUUAUUCACAAAAUUAGGGCAAUGUGUAUCCAGUACUCAUUUCCAAGUAGCUGAAAGAGCGCUUUAUUUCUGGAAUAACGAAUAUUUCGUCAAUUUGAUGGCUGAGAAUAUGAAUGUGCUUAUGCCCAUUAUAUUCCCCACGCUCUACAAGACGUCGAAGACUCACUGGAACAAGACAAUUCUCGGGUUGGUCUACAAUGCGCUGAAAUUAUGCAUGGAUAUCAGCCCCGAAUUGUUUGAUGAGUGUGCUAAUCAAUACAAACAGCAACGACAAAUUGAAAGAAAGAGGCAGCGAGAAAGAGAGGAAAACUGGAAAACGCUGCAGCGUAAAGUGUCUGGUACCAGUGCAGUUACCAUUACAACAUCUGCCGACAAUGAAUUCUACAACUUUUCGUUCCCUUCAAGACCGAAUUUUGACGAUGAGGAGGACGGCGAUGAGGAAGAGGAUGUGUAUGAAGAUCAAGAUCAUGAUCGACAAGCACAGGAAUUUGAUAUCAUGACUGACGAGGAAACAGAUGGUGAAUUGGAUCACAGUAGCAGCCAGCAACACGAGGAGCAUCAUGAUGUGAUUCACCCUGACAUGCAACAAUUUGACUCAGGACCUCAGCAACAGUAUCAACAAUUUAGACGUAAAUCUAUUAUACCCGUCGAUGAAACUGUCUUUAACGAAUUGUCUCGCCAUAUCAGUCUGGAUGAAGUGAUGAACCAAGCUCCAGGAGCAGCUUCUUCAUCAGCAGCAAGCAGCCCAAUAGAUAAUAGCAACAGCUUUUAG